CAAUCAAUGUUUUCAUUCUUUCGAUUUUUGUUUUUAUCGCGCUAUGUUUAUAAGACGGCGGCGGACAGGUUUUCCAUGGAUUUGCAAUUUGCCGAUAAUAAUAGUAAAAAAUCAAAUUUCGUGUUCUAAACUUACGAAUAGUAUGGAAUGUGCCAGCUUGGGAGGCGUCUGCCGAUGUUGUCUCACAAGUUCCGGUGAAUUUUCAUCAAUUUACGAAAUAUACAACGAUUACUACCUACCGAAAGUGAUCCACGCCUGCACUGGAUUGACCAUUCACCAAUCGGACGGGCUUCCGGAAGUGCUAUGCGAUGCGUGUCUCUCAAAGCUGGUCGUAUCCUACGAGACUCGUCGUCUAUUUCUCCGCUCGAACUGCCAACUGAAAGAACAGCUGAAUCGACUUAAGCUGCCUGAGGAGCAGAUUCUAGGGGAACUUAAUGGCACUGAAGUUAAAUACGAGGAGACCACGACUCUGGCGGAGGACAGUGGGAUCAUUCUGGAUAGCGGACCAAUCACGACAUGGGACAAUGAGAUUAAUAUGCACAUCGAGCAGCUGCAGGACGGUAGCAGUGAACUGGCCAUUAAUGUUGAGGAGGAUUCCCUGGAUGAGCUAGUGACUGAGAAGUGCGAGAAUCUGGAGAAAGGUGGCUUUAGUUUUCCGCUUGUGGAACCACUUGAUAAGGGUUUGGAGGAUGGUAGUAUUUCUAUCGCGAACGAAAGGACUGAAGAUGACCUUUAUGAAAUAGAAGAUUUUUCACCGUAUUCCGAUAGCAGUGAAAGUUAUCCAGAGCGAAUCAAUUCUGGCCAAGUUAAGGAUGAAAAAGAAGAAUCACAGGAUUGCUCAAUCUGUGGGAAAACUUUCAAGAGUGCACGGCUACUGCAGCGACAUAUUCGAUACCACAAUAAUGGUAAAACAGAUUGUCCCAUUUGCUCGAGAAGUUUCACCCACACCAGUAAUCUAAAAAGGCACCUCAACUCCCACAAACCUCCAGAGGAAGGGUUUCCCUGUUCCAAAUGCUCAGGAAGGUUUGAGAAAGGACACCAACUAUACAACCAUCUCAAAGUUCACAAAUCACCCAAAAAUUCAGACUCCUAUCGCAUGCAAUGUGAACAAUGUGAAAUGGAAACCACUUCCUUGGCUGGUUUCGUAUAUCACAUGUCCACUGAACACAAUAUCCCAAAGGAUCAGGUGAAGGCAUUCCGCUGCCAUCUCUGUCCGAUACGAUUCGUUUCCAAGCAGGGCAUGUUCAGACACAUCCAAGGCAUCCAUCAGAAUCAGAAACCCGCUCAAAAUCCCUCGAGAAGAUUCCUCUGUACCGAAUGUGGUAAAUCCUUCCGUCGGAUGAAGCAUCUGGAGGCGCACAGCAACUCCCACGCCGGCAUCCGGCCGUACCGGUGCGAAGAAUGUGGCCUGGCGUUUGCGCAGAAAUCCGGCCUCAACAUCCAUUUCCGGGUGAAGCACCAACACCAGAAGGUUCACGCCUGCAAGAUUUGUCGGAAGUCCUUUGCUCAAUCCACUCAUCUAAAAGACCACGAGUUGAUUCACACCGACCGGAAGGAGCACGAAUGUCCGGUUUGCAAGCACCGGUUUCACGUGAAGAGCAACUUGAUGGCACACAUGAAAACGCACCGGAGGCAUCCCUACUGCUGUCGGGAUUGUGGGAAGGAGUUUACGCAAAGUGUGCGGCUAGAGCAGCACAUGGCGACCGAACACGAGAAGAAGUAGCUCCUGAGCCAUCAGGUGAGUCAGCCCAAAGAAUACCAAAGAUUUUUAGGAUUAAGAAUGGUAAUACAAACUUGAAUGGA